AUGUUGAGUCGCUGUAGGAAGCUGGAUUCAGGUCCAAUAAAUAAAUGGGCCGCAUUUACUUCCGGCCCUCCAUCUGCAUUGGGCGACGUUGGGGCUACGUCAUCCGAAACCCAACAAUUGCUUUAUAUUUAUGGAUGUUGUGUUCUGUUGCCGUCAGUUCCAUCAGCGGAGACGCCAGCUACUGCAGUCAAUCAGAGUCCAAACCCGAACAACCCGGCAGAGUACUGCUCCACCAUCCCCCCCCUGCAGCAGGCGCAGGCGUCUGGGGUCCUCAGCUCGCCGCCUCCCACGGUCAUGGUGCCCGUGGGAGUCCUGAAGCAACCCGGCAAUGAAGGCUCCCUGUCGCGGGACCAGAGGAGGGUUUGGUUCGCCGACGGGGUUCUUCCAAACGGAGACACAGCAGAGUCCUCCAAGCCGCCGUCCUCCGGCUCGGCGUCCUCGCAGUCACGGGUCGCCUCCACCUGCUCCAACAAGUCCGCCACGGCGGAGGCCCCCGUGGCGAGUUCGGCGGCCCAGACCCCCGUGGCGCCGGCGGGCAGCCCCGUGGGCAGCUCCCUCAGCCUGAUCCCGGAGGACGGGCUCCCUCCCAUCCUCAUCUCCACCGGAGUCAAAGGAGAUUACGCCGUGGAGGAGAGACCGUCGGAGAUCGUCCUCAUGCAGCAGCUGGAGGAGGGAGGCCCAGACCCCCUGGUGUUCGUGCUCAAUGCUAACCUGCUAGCCAUGGUCAAGCUGGUCAACUAUGUUAACAGGAAGUGCUGGUACGUGACGACUAAAGGCAUGCACGCCGUCGGCCAGGCCGAGGUCGUCAUUCUGCUGCAGUGUCUGCCCGACGAGAAAACCAUCCCCAAAGACAUCUUCACACACUUUGUGCAGCUCUACCAAGAAGCCCUAAGCGGCAACGUGCUGAGCCACCUGAGUCACUCGUUCUUCACCCAGAGCUUCCUGGGCAGCAAGGAGCACGGCGGCUUCCUCUACAUCAGCCCGUCCUUCCAGUCGCUGCAGGACCUGCUGCUGCCCAACCCGCCCUACCUCUUUGGCAUCCUCAUCCAGAAGUGGGAGACGCCGUGGGCCAAGGUCUUCCCGAUCCGCCUCAUGCUGCGGCUGGGAGCAGAGUACCGAUUUUAUCCGUGUCCACUGUUCAGCGUUCGCUUCAGGAAACCUCUAUUUGGAGAGACCGGGCACACCAUCAUGAAUCUGCUAGCAGAUUUCCGUAACUACCAGUACACUCUGCCGGUGGUGAAAGGUCUGGUUGUGGACAUGGAGGUGAGGAAGACGAGCAUCAAGAUCCCCAGCAAUCGAUACAAUGAGCUGAUGAAGGCCAUGAAUAAGUCAAACGAGCACGUUCUGGCCAUGGGGGCGUGUUUCAACGAGCGGGCCGACUCCCAUCUGGUCUGCGUCCAGAACGACGACGGGAACUACCAGACGCAGGCCAUCAGCAUCCAUCACCAGCCGCGCAAAGUUACUGGAUCCUGCUUCUUUGUUUUCAGUGGUGCGUUGAAAGCCUCGUCCGGCUUCUUGGCUAAGACCAGCAUAGUAGAAGACGGUGUGAUGAUCCAGAUCACAGCAGAGACCAUGGACUCUCUACGGCAAGCCCUGAGGGACAUGAAGGACUUCACCAUAACCUGCGGGAAGGCGGAGCAGGAGGAGAACCCAGAGCUGGUCCACAUCCUGUGGACCGAAGACGACCAGAACUUCAACAAAGGCGUCAUCAGCCCGAUCGACGGGAAAUCCAUGGAGUCCAUCACCAGCGUGAAGAUCUUCCACGGCUCCGAGUUCAAAGCCAACGGCAAAGUCAUCCGCUGGACCGAGGUGUUCUUCCUGCAGAGCGAGGACCAGCCCAGCGGGCUCAGCGACCCGGCCGACCACAGCCGGCUGGCGGAGAACGUGGCGCGGGCGUUCUGCAUGGCGCUGUGUCCGCACCUCAAGCUUCUGAAGGAGGACGGCAUGGCCAAGCUCGGCCUGCGGGUCACGCUCGACUCCGACCAGGUGGGUUACCUGGCAGGAAGUAACGGCCAGCCCCUCCUCCCUCAGUACCUGAGCGACCUGGACAGCGCCCUGAUCCCCGUCAUCCACGGCGGGGCGUGUCAGCUGAGCGAAGGCCCCGUUGUCAUGGAGCUCGUCUUCUACAUCCUGGAGAUCAUCUCCUAGGAGACACAAACACUACUUCUUCUUCUUCUUUCUUUUUUAGCACCAUCUCACAGCCUGGUCCUCCUCCUAUCCCCCUCCAACCAUUCGCGCCUCAAAAAGAACCAGAAAACUGUGCCGGUCCGGCCCGGCCCGGUCCGGGUAGCAUUCCUCCAGUCCAACCUAUGCAUCCUCCGCCGUCUGCUUCCAUCCAGAGGUGAAGCUCCGAGCAGAGAGUCUGUCCCGACCGCCACGCUGCGGCCUCCGAAGGGUUAAACUCUGAGUGACGUUCGCCGCCUCCUUCGAAUCCAGACAAGUUGGCGUCAAACUUUUGUGCAGCAAAAAUUAAUUUGUGCUGCUUUCGCUUUGAAGAUAUUAGUGGAAGUCACAUUACCCAGACACGUCAUUGGUGUCAAACGUUUGUGCUGCAAAGAUGUUCAUUUGUGCCGCUAUCAUUUUAAAGGUGUUUCCAGAGGUCGACAAAGGUCAACCAGCCUCCCAUCUUCUUCCAAUCUGACAAAAAUCAAUCAGCUCGACUUCUUUUCUGCUGCAAAAAGUUUCGUUUGUGCUGCUUUUGCUUUGGAGAUAUUAAUGAAAGUUCAAACAAAAUCAGCGUCGGAUGUUUUUUGCUGUAAAAAUUUUAAUUUGUGCCGCAAGUUUGCAGAGGUCAUCAGAGGUCAACCAGCCUCUCGCUCACAUUCACCAACUCGGCUACGUUUGUGCAGCAGAAGCUCGUUUGUGCUGCUCUGGAUUUGCAGAUAUUGCUGAUGACCCCUGGAACUUUUUUUUUUUUUUUUUUUACUAUCUUUAAAAGGAAAGCGGCACAAACACAUUGAUUCUGUUGGAUCUGGAGACGGGGGGCGAACGUCACUCCGGUUUAAUAAACUGAUCCAUCAGUUUUAUUAAAAUACAAAGAUGAACUGAGGUCAAUUAAACGCUCGUUAACGUCGUUAUGCUCCAAAUUAUUAACUUUACUAAUCCAAAUAAAAAACCCAGUUUAAAAAACAAUUAAAAUCAGAUGCCAAAUUUUAUUUAAUCUUGUGAAAUCUACAUUUAUUUUGUAGUAAUUUAUAUAAAAAUACUCGGUGUGUUGCCAAAGUGUCCAGCUUUACCACAGUACAAACUAAUUUAUGUUUUAUUAGGAUUUUAUGUGAUGGACAAACACAAAGUUGAGCAUAAUUUCAUUUUUCCCCCCCAAAAAAAAAAAAUUGUCAAUUUUUAUAGAAAUUUGAUGAUUUAGAAAUCAUCAAAUCUGGCCGCCAUAAGUUACUAUGUGGCUCCCCAAACUCGCUAGACAAGAAAAAGUAAUUAUGUGCUUAAAUAUUGUUUUAUCAAUGCAGUUUUUAUCGUUUAUCCUGCUAAAUUACAUCAAUCUGUGCUAAUGCAUAAUUGAGUUUAUUGCACAUUUUCAGCAAAACAAUUACAAAAAAGGGUUGAAGUGACCAACUCUCACCAGUAGGUGUCAGUAUUGUCCUUUACUUCAUGUCCAGUUCCAGUAGUAAAGUAAUAUUUAGCAUAAGAGCAAAUAUUUCUAAAUUGGCAUCAAAAAUUCUGCUUUUUGAUGUCAUAAAAAA